CCCAGACCGCUCGAUCCGGAGACGAGCGCACUAACCACGAGGCCACCGCGCCCCCGUGAAGGCCUAGCGUACUCCCCCCAAAAUCCUUAGAUUUAAAACUGCAAAUUGUUCUUUUAAACAUAUAUUUUGUAUUUGUUAAUGAGAGAAUUUGUAUUGAAAAUAAAAUGAAACGAUUUACGUGCGAUACGCAAUGUGUCAUACGCGGGCUCGUACUAAGUUUUAAGUAUCACCCCAUCAUCUUUCAACAACAAAAAGUGUCUUUAAAUUAAUGGCGUUUUAUAACUUGCUUUGCGACAGCCAAAAAAGAGCAGGAUAAUUUAUGUCAAUACACCCUCAAACCACUAAGCGGCGGCGUGGAAAAAGGAUCUUAGGGACGUAUGGAAAAUUGAAAACAAAAAUUAAAAGUAACCUGAGGAGAUCAAGUCGAGGUAAAAUGCGUGAGGUACAGGUACAUGUGUGAGAGGUGCAAGCACGCUUUGCUGCAUAUUUGCUAUGGCCUUUUUUUUUUCAUAAGUGUCUCAAAUACGUUGCAACAGAAUACAGAAGUCCCAAUACAUGUUCAGUGUACUUGAUUGCAUGACACUUCGUUCGGUGAUAAAUUAUGACAGCUUUCUCUAAAUCGAGACUCGCUUUGGCGUCAGUUCUAGGAAUCAAGACGGAAGUACUUCAGUAAUUCUUGAAAGGAGGGAGCACUCCGUACAACAAUAUUUACAACCAAAAGAGAUACCACUAACGUUGUUCAGUUGAAGCUUUGAAUGGUUUAACCUCGGUCUUUUUGAUAUCGCCGAGCAAACGUUUCUGUAGCUGGCGAAGUUAAAGAAACUAUUCGAUGACAGGAUGUUUUGAGACGAUACAUCGAUCGAUGAAAUCUUCAAGACAGAGAGGACAGUUAUCUAGUUUCGGGUGAAGUUGUCUAGCGUUGCAAAGGUUAUACCCUUUUUUUGUCAGUGGGAAAUCUUUAUCAGACAGUACUAAACAAGUUGACUAUGACUGAAGAUGAGAAAGCCGAAAGCUCUCCUGUAAAGGACAAGGAAAACGAAGAAGCUGAUGCUUCCUUGGAUGAUACUCAUCACCAUGGCAACCCAUUGUUUCAGUCCAGCCCAGCAGAAGCCCCUUGGAAAACAGUAGAGAAAAAAAGUCAAGAGACUAAAGCACGAAAUUUUGACUCUCGCAAAGAUGGCAGUUGGCGAGGAGGAAGAAGUUCAAGACCCGGAAGGUCACGAGGAAGAGGUCAAGGUAGAGGUCCAUCCCCGAAUCCACCUUUUUCGCAAGGCAGGGGUCCUGAGAAAUCACCGUACGUGGAGGGUCCCGGAAGGACUGGUAGAGGUCAAAGAGGACGGGGAUCUGAUAACAGACCUGGAUGGCGCCGAGGGAGAGGGGCAACUAACAACAGAUCAGACCAUGGAUAUAUCCUGAAGAACGUCUUGUACGAGCGGAACAAGUUGUAUGUUUUGGGUUUAAGAAGCAAAACAACUAAAGAUUGUGUGCUGAAUUUCAUUGCGAGGAUUAGUGGCUGUGAUGUCAAGCGCGUGUUGAUGUUUAAAUCUGGAAGGGCCAUUGUAACGUUGGACACAGACAAGAUCACAAACUCAGAUUUUGCCAUGAUAUGCGAGGAGGCUGCAAAGCCAAAAAACCAACUUGAGAAAGUAAACGUACUGAUUGAAAGAGCACCAGUCUGCAAGAGCAUUUUUGUUCGCGGAAUCCCUGAGAAUACCCCACAAGAAGAGUUUGAAAACUACUUUGACAAAUUUGGUGUGGUGGAGAAAUUUAUCACCAACGAGGAAGAAGUGAAAGCUCGGAGAGUGAAUGAAAAAAGAGCCAUUGUGUACUUCAAAACUGAUAAAAGUACGUGACUUGAGAAUUUUAAUAGUAACAGG